AAGUGUGUGUCUGGGUACUGGCUGUGGCAGAAGCUGCACACUUCUGCCUAGUCGGCCGUAGCUGACGCAACAGAGAAAUACAUCUAAUACUUGUUGAGUUUCAUUCUCUGGCUGACCUGACACAUGGCUCUGGAGUCACACAGGGGACCAACGUCCCUCCUGAAACACCACUGACGACUGAGAGUUAAGAGCACUUCCAUCUGAUUUACACUUCCUGUUACUAACCAUCAUGUCGUGGUCGGAGGGUGUGAACUCCACUCUGAACCCUGACCCCAACACCUCCUCCUCCCUGGUCUGCACCAACCUGUACGACCACCGCCCCGUCGCCCGCGUCCUCAUGUCUCUCCACUACAGCCUGGUCUUCACGCUCGGCCUCCUAGGUAACGCCCUGGCACUGCACGUCAUCAGACCCAACCUGGCCCAGAUCAACUCUACCACACUCUACUCUGCCAACCUGGCCGCCUCCGACGUCCUCUUCACUCUGGCCCUGCCGCUGAGGAUAGCCUACUACGCCCUAGGUUUCCACUGGCCCCUGGGGGAGACCCUGUGUCGGGUCACCGCCCUUCUGUUCUACGUCAACACCUACGCAGGGGUCAAUUUCAUGACCUGCCUGGCCGUAGACCGCUUCGUAGCCGUGGUUCUCCCUCUACGUUACACCAGGCUCUGCCGGGCCCGGACCAUCCGCUACGUCUGCGUAGGGGUGUGGGUUCUAGUCCUGGUCCAGACGUUACCCCUCCUCUCCGUGACCAUGACCCGGGCCGAGCCGGACGGGACCACCACCUGCAUGGAGUACCCCAACUUUGAGAACGGGGCCGUGGAGGGACUCCCCUACGUCCUCAUUGGAGCCGUCGUCAUGGGAUACGGCGUUCCCGUUGCAACCAUCCUGUGUUGCUACUUGGUGUUGCUUUGGAAGCUGCGGUUGGUGACGAGAAGUAGGGUCGGUGGGCGAGGUCACAGGUCAUUGAGGAGCCAGAAGGCGACGGGGGUGAUAGCAGGGGUAGUGUUGGUGUUUGUAGUGUGUUUCAGUCCCUAUCACAUCAACAUCCUGCAGUAUAUGAUCCGAAAGCUGAGAUACACACCAGACUGUACCGAGCUACAGGCCUUUCAGAUGUCUCUACACUUCACUGUGUGUCUCAUGAACUUCAACGCUUGCCUGGAUCCCUUUGUCUACUUCUUUGCCUGUAAGGGUUACAAGAGCAGGGUGAUGAAGAUGUUGAGGGUUCAGGUCAGCGCCUCUUUCUCCAGCGUGGUCCGAAUCCUGUUGCUUUAG